AACUACAACAAACCACUGAGCAAAAAACGCACGAGCCUACAGAGGUCAUUCUCAGCUCUACUGGUUGAAUUAACCCGACUGUAACCAAUCCCUGUUACUGCAAUGGACGGCUUUGAUUUAAAUUCGUCAGAAAAGGCUGAUGCUUCAGAACUCCAAAGGAUGAUCGCAAUUGAACAACAGAAAGCGCAGUUUCAGGCCCAGGUGCAUAACUUCACAGAUGUCUGCUGGGACAAGUGCAUGGAGGGGAGCCCGAGUUCAAAACUGGAUUCACGGACAGAGACUUGCCUCGUGAACUGUGUUGACCGCUUCAUUGACACUACCUUGUCUAUAACCAACCGGUUCACGCAGAUGGUGCAGAAGGGUGCCCAUUGAUGGGAGCUAGACUAUGGGAAAUAGACACUGUUUUAUUUUGUAAAAGAACUGUGUAUUAUGUUUUCCUUUAUGUCUCGAGACCCUAACACCAUUGCCUAAUAUGCUGAGUAUGAUAUGCCACAGUACAAUUAUUAAAGAGGUAGGCCUAAAUUGGACAUGA